AUGAGCUACGCAGAGGCCAACCGUCGGUAUUUCGAUGCCAUAUCUGACUCCUACGACUCCAAGCCUUGGUUCAAAGUCGUCAACGACCGAGUCGCCGACGCCCUCCGCUCUGACCUAACCUGGGUAGGUAUCCCCUUCACCAACACAGGAUCCAACACAGAAGCCAGUCAAGUCCGUCUUCUGGACUAUGCGUGCGGAACAGGCCUCAUGACACGUGUCUUCGGGCCCUACGUCACCAAAACCCAGGGUAUCGACAUAUCACCCAAGAUGGUCGAUACAUACAACACGCGUGCCCGCGACGCCGGAAUCUCUGAAGAUGUUGUCAGCGCCGUGGUGGGCGACUUGUUCAUCAAAUCUGACCCUGUGCCAGAACCGCUGUCAGGACCAGAAUUCUGGAACUUUGAUCUUGCGACUGUGGGAUUUGGGUUCCACCACUUCGAGGAUGUGGUAUUUGCUGCUAGUCAGUUGAAGGAGAGGUUGAGGCCAGGUGGUGUAUUGGUCAUCAAUGAUUUUUUGGAGGGAGGAGAUUUGUUGGCUGGCGAGGAUGGGAAGCCGAUCGAGGGGAGUGAGGGGAAUCACGCUGUGCACGAUCAUAAGCAUGGUCAUGAUCAUGGAGGGCAUGGACAUCAUCACAGUCAUGGCGAGGAGAAGGCUUCCAACUCGCACAGUCACCACCAUCAUGGGCAUCAGCACCACCAUAACGCUGAGCAAAAGCACGACAUCGGUGACAGCACGCCUGAGUUUCGCAAAAAGAUGGAAGCUUCUAUCGUAGUCCCGCACUUCACUAUCGAAGGCGUAAAGCAAUUUUUCACUGAAGCCGGAUUCGUGGAUGUUGACGUCAAAACGAUGAAGGAGAGGAAUUACAUGGAGUUUGCUGGCAAGAAACUGUGGCGCACGAUCUUGUUUGCCAGAGGCCGGAGACCGAUUGAAGGGCAAGCCGAUGUAGGAAAGAGUGAGCUGUAA